UGUUUAUUCGCGACACACGACAGCGGUCAAAGUGCACAUUGUCUUUUAGAAAACUUGAAUACAUUCUGCCGUAUGAACGCCGACUCGAUUCAUAAUGUAGUUGGCCUCCGCCGCGGUGGAUGCGAACUGUAUACAUCUGCCGACAUUAUCGGACCAUUAUUAUUAAAAAUCGCGUGUGAAAUAAUAACCUCCUGAAAUCGCUGUAACGUGUGCUGUGCGCACUGUGUUAAGUCGAUGACAUUGACGUUCGGUGAGCGGGAAUUUCGAGUGAAGUUUUGUAAAGAAUGUAGUGUCCCACGUCUGAUUUAGUGUUUGUUCUCGGAGUUUGUAGAGUGAAAGUUGCUUGAGAUGCGGUUAUGGAGUGGCAGUAUUGUUGCCAACAGUUCUGCUCGCCCGUGUGUGAUUGGCAAGACAUUGUACUUAGGUAUUAAAACAAUAAUAAAGCAUCAUGCCGUUCACAAUGAAAGAGGGCGGCUUCGGCACCGGCGACUACGUGGCGUUCGGGCUGUUGUGCGCGGCGUCGUGCGCCGGCGGCGUGUGGUACAGCGCGCUGGGCUCGCGCAAGCGGACCCUGGUCGACAUCAGGGACUAUCUGCUGGGCGGCAAGGCCAUGAGCACGGCGCCGGUGGCCAUGUCGCUUAUAGCCAGUUACGUGUCAGGAGUGACAAUCCUUGGCACGCCAGCGGAGAUCUACAACUACGGCACGCAGUACUGGCUGGUGAUCAUCGGUGUGACGCUCAGCUGCAUCAUCGUGGCCGCUGUCUAUCUGCCGGUAUUCUGCACGCUGAGGCUAUCCUCGUCUUAUGAAUAUUUAGAGUUUAGAUUCAAUCGUCACGUACGCGCCGUAGCGUCACUCCUAUUCUUAUUGGACGAGGUAUUGUUUCUGCCUAUGGUCGUGUAUGUUCCUGCAUUAGCAUUUAAUCAAUUGACGGGAUUCAACGUGUUUUACGUGGGCGGCAUCAUGGUGGCCAUUUGUGGUAUUUAUACAGCAUUAGGCGGGUUAAGAGCUGUGGUGUGGACGGACUCUGUACAGACCGGCGUGAUGUUCAUCGGAGUCAUACUGGUGGCGGCGGCGGGCACCGUAGCCGUCGGUGGUUUCUUCUCCGUGCUCGACGUGGCGACACAAUCGGGCAGAGUUCAGCUAUCCAAUUGGAGCUUUUCUCCAUACGAACGUCAGACGGGGUGGGGUGCGGUCUUCGGCGGCAUGAUCUACUGGACGUGCUUUAACUCCGUCAAUCAGACCAUGGUGCAGCGGUACAUCGCGCUGCCCUCCAAGCGGCAGGCCAUCUAUGCUCUAGCCAUGUUCUGCUUCGGCGCCGUCCUGGCCAUCUCGCUCUGCGUGUGGUGCGGCCUGGCGGCGUGGGCCGCGUGGGUGCAGGGCGGCUGCGACCCCGGCGGGGUGCCGCUGGUUGACGACCGCCUGCUGCCUGCUUUUGUCACCUACAUCAGCAAGUUGCAACACCUGCCGGGCUUGGCUGGAGUGUUUUUGGCUGGUGUUUUCGGUGCUGGUUUGAGCUCGCUGUCGGCGGUAUUGAACGCCUGCGCGCUGGUGGCAGUAGAAGACAUAAUGCGCGGCUGGCUGCGCUUGCACUUGAAGCCGUUACACGAAGGCAUCAUCGCGCGGGUGGUGACCGUGGUGCUCGCCAUCAUCUCCCUCAUCAUGCUGAUUGUCAUUGAGAAGCUGGGCGGAGUGCUGGGUGUCGCCACUGCGCUAUCAGCGAUCGCCGCCAGCGCCACAUGUGGCAUCUUCACGCUCGGUAUGGCGUUCCCCUGGGUGGGACCCCGGGGCGCCAUCGCAGGCGCCAUCGCGGGCGCCAUCGUCGCCGGCACUACGUCCAUGGGCAUCCAAGCCGCCUCGGCGCAGGGCCUGAGGGCGCCACCUCUCAACUUCACUAUGGAGUGUAUUAGAAAUUCGUCGUACGUGCCUGCUUCUGAUGUUUUGGACCCAGAAACAAUAUUCCCCCUAUUCCGCAUCUCCUACCACUGGAUCGCGCCGCUCGGUCUUUUCACAACCCUGAUCGUCGGGGCCGUGAUGGGCUACCUGCUGGACAGCAAGUCGUCCAUCGUGAUGGACAAGGAGCUGUUCACGCCGGCGAUAUGGCGCUGCCUUCCGGCCGAGGCCCACGAGAGAGCGGGCGAGGUGCGGAGAGCCGCUAUGUUGGAUAAAGACGUGGAGCCGGCGCCGAACGCACCGCUCAUAUUGAAUCCCAUAGGAGCUAAGGAGAUGAACGGGGAGGCCAGCAGAUCGGGCAGAUGACCUGUGUUCUGAAAAAACUUAAAAGGUCUGAAUCUUAGCUUACAAUACUUAUGACCACAACAUAUAUGGCUAAACGUGGCAAAACUUUGAGGAAUCAAUUUGUGUUUGUGACUGUGACGGAUUGUGAUUGUGACGGAGUAUUCCCAAGAAAAGGGGUGCGGUGUGAUAUAUCUCUUCACUAUAAUAUUUCUAUGGUAUGAUUACGGUUAGGUAGGUAAUAAUACGGUAUUUGACUGUAUAUAAAAUUAAUUAUUUUAUACGAUGCAAGAAAUACAGCACCGGAAGAUUAAUAGAGAAACGUAGACAGCAGUUAUUUUUAGACACAAUUUCUCUUUUAAAACCCGUACAAAACUAUAAAGAGUAGGUAAUUCGAUUGUGACACCACAUGGUAGUUUCAUAUAAAUUCUAUAGUAGCAAAAUUGUUUUGACAGUUCGAAAAAAGAAACUGAUUUGACUAGUAGUGAAAUACCCUAUUAUAGACGGUCAAGCAAAUCUUGUCAGUAGAAAAAGGCGCGAAAUUCAAAUUUUCUAUGAGACGAUAACCCUUCGCGCCUACAUUUUUCAAAUUUGCCGCCUUUUUCUACUGACAAGAUCUGCUUGACCAAGUAUAUAUGCAGUUACGCACUCAGGAUCUUACUGGUGGUAGCGGUAUAAGAUUGUAAAAUAUGAUGUGCCGUGUUCAUCACAGUCAGUGUUUGUAAGUACAUAGAUCUACCGCGAACAUCGUCUCUGUUACUCAUAUGAUACAAGAACGAUAGAGACGGACAUAGUACAUUGUAUUUGGACGUAUUAAACAUUUUUGUAUUGUACCUUAGUUACAAUUCCAGUGAAAAAUUUAAUUGAAGAUUGUAUUUUAAUUUUCUUUUGCUAUACUUUAAUACAUAGGUGUGUAUACCUGAAAAAUAUAUAAUAAAAAGUAUUAGCAUUUUAUAUAGGUACUGGACUUAUAAUUCUAGGUAAAUAUAUAUAUAAAAAAAAAUAUUUUUUUGAAAUGUAGUAAAAUUUUUUGGAUCUCAUCCCAGACGUAUUCAUUGAUAUACUUCCAUGCAGGGGGGGGGGGGGAGAGUCUGAAUUUGUCAGUGUAAGACAACUUUUUAAUAAGUUAAAUAUGUCAUUUCAAUACGUAAUUUAUGCUUGUGUUACUCACUACACUUAGUACUCAAUAAAUACCUUAUUUUCUAUCACAACCUAAACCUGUAGACCAAUUCAGAAGUCAAAUACUUAUGCGUCUACUUUGUACUACAUACCUACUUCACGUACUUAUCUUAGUCUCUCGGGUACCUAUGUUAAGAAGAUGUAUACUUACUAACUCUUACCUAUGUCAAAGAGUCUAUAUAUAGAGAGUGGGAGUGUAUAGAGAGUUACUGUCAUGGUAAAUUAUGUAGCCACAGUACAUUUACUGCCAUCUUUCGACAGAAGAUUAAAAUUCAUAUUCAAAUUCUCUUUACCUAUGUUAAUAAACGUAAUGAACGGGGCCAAUGUAAAUAUAAGUGAUUGAAUGGUCAGGUGAAGUGAGGUAAAUGUAAAAGUCUGCAAUUAUGAAUUUUAUUAUGACCGAAAUAUUGAAUGAAAUAAAGUGAUUUCUUUAUAGUUCCUAGUGUUAUACUUUAUAAAAAAAAUCACUAGAGGCUUUAUUCAUAGACGCGCUACCAUUCUCAAAUAGUUACCUUAUUUACGUUUAAUCUCUUUCCUUCGAAUGCUUAAGUUGUCAAAUUGACCUGGGAGCUGGGAUUGUUAGCUAAUUGUACCUUGUAGCGUUUUUUAUGAAUAAGGGAGUAAACACUAGGUAAGUAGGUAAAUAAUCGUACUUUCCAACAUAGAACUUUUGAACGAUAAAUAGUUUUCAGCAAUUAUUUAAUAUCAUAUCAUUAUUAAAUCAAAAAUAGAUUUUUGAUUAUAAGGUAACUACAUAUUUUUCUGAGUCUGAACUUUUGAUUAUUUCUGAGUCUGCACAUCGCUUCUACUUAAUUUCCUGGUGACGUUUUAUUUUUGUUUAAAAAUAAAUUUUUCAUGUUGUUUGAGUGAUGAAGGCCAGCUUUGUAAGAUUGUUUAUCCUUUUUCUCAAGCAAAUAAAACGCAAUAACUUAUAAUAAUAUUAUACUUAAGAAGGUGCUAUGUAAAGCUUUCAUAUAUUCAUUAUAAUACGUUACUGGAGCACAUAAAAUUAUUUUAUUUAAAUUUAGGUACGUACCUAACUUUUUUCUGACUUGAUUGUCCAGAAAUUGUGUAGGUAUAGGAGUCACCAAAUAAAAUCAUUUUCAGGAUACUCGGGACUCUAACUUUGCCACAAAUAAUUGAUGAUACAUUAUUCAAUAUUGAUGUAAUUACGUAGGUAUAUAAAAUUAUUUAUUUUUUAGAUAAAUUAUAACAAGAAAAGAAACGUCUUAGGUUUUUAUUUUAUUAUGUAAUUCUCAUUAAGCGGUAAAUAUUGCGAAAGCAUAAUCUAUAAACUCCACUGAGAUAUUUAGUAUUUUAUUAAGUGUAAAUUAUUUUUUAGGGUGUUAGGUACUUAUCACAUUGUUCGUAACAGUAUUUUUUUUAGUAUUUUCACUUGACUGCAAUUUAAAUUUAAACUGCAGCAUAAUGCACAAAUGAAAUUUGUCACCUUACUGUUUAUUAUUGUUCUCGAUUAUUGUACUGUACAAGGUUUACUUUAUUUUUAUUUAGUAGAUACUUAAAUUUUUGGCACUAAGUUAAUACAUUUGGCAUGGAGGCACCAAUAUAAUGUUAAACGUCGCUUCCAGAACUGGGUUCUGAGGGCCUACCGCGAACCACAUUCGUCGUGUAGCCUCGCUGUCACACUUAAGUACGAAUUUACAAGUGCGAUAGAGAGGCAACACGUCGAACGUGGUUCGCGGUAGGCCCUCUGGCCGUUCUGGGGGCCUAGCCGAGAUGACAAUCGGUUGCAGAAAACAAAACUAUUAGAAAAGCGUAAAUAAUGUAUGGAUAUGAAAGCUUUUCGUUUCGUUUUCUACAAACAAUUGUCAUGUUGGCUAGGCCCCCAGUGUACAUUUCCCAGUGCUGACAAAUAUUAAUUUUAAGUAUGUGUCGUUUUUUAUUUAAGUAACGAGUGUAUUCGGAACCUAAUAUAAAUCACUCAGCAAGCUGGCUUGCAUACAUUUCAAUUUUCAAGGACCAAGUACAGUCAGCAGCAGAAGUCGCUAUACACUCCAGGUGCUCAAAGAGAGGUAAACGUUUAAACUGUCAAAAAGUUGUUGACUGUCAUGGUAGCAUUUCCUUGUGAGCGCUCAACAUGUCACAAAUAUCUUAACAGUCGCUAUUCAUUAAUUUCUACACUUACAACAAAUCAUUGAUACCUUAGCUGUCAAAAAACCACUGGUAUCUAAGCGGUCAACGUGUCAAAUAUAUCUGAACAAUAUGGAAAAAUAGACGUUUAAAGCAUACAUGUAUGGUCGUAUAUUGAAUGAAUAAUAGCUAUGCUAAUUUCAGGUAAAGCGUUUUGACAAUCAUCGAAAGCAGUACAGUCUUGUCAUCACAUACAUCUAUCUCACGUUUUACCCUUUAACCAUUGACAGUGGUCUGUCAGUCAACUUACUGCAAACUAUUUCUUUUAUUGAAUAGAAUUAUCAAAACGAAUGAGUGACACAUAGCGAAAGCUAACUGAAGCCGAAUUUAGAGCCAAUUGUCAAGGCACGUUGUGGUCUUGUUACCAAGGCGUUUGCUUUUCAAAGCAGAGACCGCGGGUUCAAAUCUCAGUCGGACGCACCUAGAAAUUACAGCUUUUUUUUUUGGGUUUCAUUUCUGUUAUUAAUUUGUGGUUUUAUAUUAAUUUCGCAUAAGUUUAUAUGUUUUUUGAAGAUAUUAUGUCACAUGUAGCGUAUGUACGACUUUCUAACAGGACGUUGUAGGUUUGAACCCGCAGUGGGCGUUCCUUAGAUGCCGAAUGCCAUUUGAUGUUUACUGCUAGGUUAUACUAACAAUAAGUUCAAAGAUAUACAGUAUGUAUCAGGACGAAAGGCCAAGAAAGAGACCCAUUAAUGUUUAGAUCAUACUGGACAACUUUUACCAUGGGACCAACCCCGAUAACGCGGAAAAAUAAUUGGAAGUUUUAUACAUUUUGCUGGUCUGAUGUUGAAAUUUUCUAUGGGAGAGUAAAUUUUUUUCCGGGGUUUCGGGGUUGGUCCCAUAGUAAAAGUUGCUCAGUAUGACCUAAACAUUAAUGGGUCUCUUUCUUGGCCUUUCGGUCUGAUACAUACUGUACUUAGCACUAUAACUCCGUAUACUCUAUCCUCUCUGCUAAGUUGUAAAAACAAAAUUCGUCAUUCCUCCAACAAAAUAAAGAGAGGAGUUAUAGUUGGAUAUGCUUAAUACCUUUACUGCCCGUGCUUCUCACGUGGGGCCACGGCUAGCCUCUAUUACAAAGCCAUAAGGUUAACAUGUCAGAUUGGGACAGUGAACGUGUUACGUUUCAAUUCUAUUGUUUUCUCCUUCGUUCUUUGAUCGAUUCGGAGCGUCGUAUUUUAGUACUAUAUAGUAUAUUUUAGUACCAUAAGCGGGCUAAAUAAAUAUAUUAACAUAUAUUAUGCUCUACGGUUUGGAAGAACGGCCGCCUAUGACAGUUAAAAUAAAAAACCGAUCAUUCUCGUAGAACCUACCAAAGAAUAUACAUAAUACUCAGAACCUACUUAUUUAUUGUCUAAGUUUGACACUUGACGAUAAAAUACUUCUUUAAGAAAGGAGGUGUCAAUUCGUAGCUGCUACAGUAUUUUUUUAAAAGUUAAACUGAUAAAACGUUGAUGCUUAGUUACCAUUGAAAUAACAACUGCUUAGCAACUGGUGUCACCCUGGCUGCUGACGUACGUGAUUGGCAGUGCGUGUAGGUCUGUAGGUAUUAAUGACAGCAGCUUGAAUUUGAGUGCUUAGAUACCACUGACUUUUUAACCGUUAUUGUCAUUGUGAUUAAAUAAGGGUGUAUGUGUUAAAGAAAAACUCAGAAGUUAAGAUAUAUGUGACGAACUGAAAGCCUACGCUAAAAUGACAACUUAGAUGUCCUUAUUUUUGUGACGAUUGAAGUGUAUAUGUUUUCUUGGACACCUUGCCCGCUCAGGUAUAUCUGCUGCUGACUGUACCUGAUUGCGAUGUUAAAAGUGUAUUUUUGUAACGAUGUUUGUAAUGUAAAAUAAAAAUAUGUACCUAUAUGUAAAAAAACCAUUAUAGAUUGAAAAAUACAUUUGUAAAUAA